CGCCCUCUGCUGUUUAGUUUCAUAAACAUACAGAAAUUAAAAACAUCGUUUGGCCUUCUGUGCUCGCCGUAGCAGUAGAUUUUCAACAUGGCGGCCUCCAUGUUGAUUCAGGUGAGGAGGCAUUGCGCCCUGGUGCCAAGUCUCAUUGUGGCUAGAAGGCAUUAUGCUUCUAGUCCUCCAUCUCUGUUCAGCAAGUUCCUCCUUCAGUUAAAUCACCGCUUUGUUGAGGUGGAAUAUCUCAUAAGAUUGAGCAGCUGGUUCAGAAAUCGGGAUAUGCGGCGUAAAAAUUUGUUCUACGAGUCCGCACAGAAGAAAUACGGCGCAAAUGUGGCAGCAGCGUACUCCAUUCUGAAGCUGGGAGGAGGCUUCAGGUUUGCCGGACAGACCGAGUGGUUUCGCGUCAAUUCGAAGGGGAAGUUUAGCUUUGACUUUGUAAACACACCAGGUGCAACUAUAGAGGAGAUUGACUUGAGCAGGACGCUGAUAAACCACGAUGGACUGCACAACGUCGCGAGUCAGCGAAACCUGCGCUCCCUCUCGGUGCAGGGCUGUCCGGAGGUCGAUGACUGGUUUCUUGCUCGCCUGCAUAUUUUCCGUGAGACCCUUCAGGAGUUAAACAUUUCCCACUGCCCUCGUAUUACUGUGGGAGGUUUAGCUGCACUGCAACACCUCAGGAAGCUGCAGCAGCUGGAUAUAUCUUCACUCCCACAGCUGCAGAGUCCAGGCCUGGUGCGCAUCCUCAUUGAGGAGAUGUUGCCUCAUUGUAAGGUCAUCGGUGCCGAAUAUGAUCAGGGACUCGAGCCCACAGAUGCAGACUCUCUGAGAAAUGCUCAGACGUAACAGGACUGACGACCGAUGAUGUUUAGCGAUCUGAUGGCAGCAAGCUUAAUGACGCUUAAGUAGUUCAAGUGAGUGAGGAAUACACCGACCAGGCAUAACAUUAUGACCACCUGCCGAAUAUUGUGUUGGUCCCACUUUCGCUGCCAAAACAGCCCUGACACGUCACACAGACGUGUAUUCUGAGACCUUUCUAUAAGAACCAUAAUUAACCAUAUCAUUAAUUUCUUCAGCAAUUUGAGCAACAGUAGCUCGUCUGUUGGAUCGGAUCACACGGACCAGCCUUGACUGUCCAUGACCCUGUCGCUGGUUCACCACUGUUCCUUCCUUGGACCACUUUUGAUAGUUACUGACCACUGCAGACUGGAAACACUCCACAAGAGCUGCAGUUUUGGAGAUGCUCUGAUCUUGUCCUCUAGCCAUCACACUUUGGCCCUUGUCAAACUCGCUCAAAUCUUUAUUUCCUGCUUCUAACACAUCAACUUUGAGGACAAAAUGUUCACUUGCUGCCUAAUAUAUCCCACCCACUAACAGGUGCCUUGAUGAGGUGAUCACUUAUAAUGUUAUUCAGUUCACCCGUCAGUGCUCAUAAUGUUAUGCCUGAUCGGUGUAUUUGUGCAGGAAAUGCUUAUACACGGAAAAAAAAAGAUUAUAUGUAAGUCUUUAGUUAACGGACCCAAGACGUGAGUGUACCUUUUAAACUUAUCGUUGUAUUUCGGCCUGGUUUGUAUGUUGUACGGUCAAUUUUCCUGACUUUUUCCACAACUGUAACCAGCUAGAAAGUGUCAAAGCACAUAUGAAGAGAAACUGCUAACACUGUACAUUUUAGAAAUGCUCAAAGACAUUUGCUUCAGUUAAAUAAAGUAAUAAGAAAGCUGGAAAAUAAUCUACAAGCUGGAAAAAAAUCCAUCAAAGACUGUGUUACGGUAGCUGGAACCUGUAUUUUUUUCCAUGUAAAGUUGAAUGUAAAUGUUGUGUUCGACUGUCAAGAAAUAAUAAUUUAUAUAAAGUGCUUCGGAUUGUACUUUAUCUGUUCAACACGUGUUCAGGGGAUAAGUCUGUUAAGAGAGUGGUCAAUCCAAUAAGCCUUAUUACAGAGGUGUGGGAAUGUAAGGGGAUCUCCAUAAGGGAGUCCAAGACGAAAACAGCCUUUUGGGAGAGGUAUAUUCUUUUCAACCAAGCCAUUUCACCUACUUUACAUUGUGUAAGUUACAGAGUUUACCAAAUGCAACAGCUGAAUGAAAUGUUAACAUUUCAUAAGUAGCCUAUGUGGAUUUUACUCUGCAUUACCAUACUGAACCUCAAGGGUACUGUUUUUCUUAUACCACUAAGUUGAGAUUCUGUAUUUGCUUCUAAAAUUAAUGGUUGCUUAAGUGUCUAAAUCUUCUGGUCUGUAAACCUGAUUUUUUUGAUCGUGACGGGGAAAUAAACCAAUUUUAUUUA